AUGGCAUAUAAGGUUUUAAGAAGGGAAUUUGCUACAGUUCGCUAUGGAGGGACUCCACCUUCAGAGCGCCCCUUUUUCAAACUCAGGCCGAUGUUAUAUCCCGUAAACAUAUCACGCGUAGAAGAUACGAACGCUGGAAGGAUGACAAAAACCCUCGAGUAUUACCUUGGGGAUUUGAUCUCAGGGACUUAUUGCUCUCGAAUCUUCAGUGACUGCGAUCGUAAAAACUGUAGAUUACAGUCCCCAAACUUUCCUGGCGUCUAUCCUAGGAACCUUACUUGUUACUAUGCGGUUCGACAACACGAAGUGCCCCAGGGAAAACAUGCAUUGAUUGUGGUAAAGCAGCCGAACGGCCAAUUGAUUUCUAUACGGAGUCAGAAAGCUUUGUAUGCGCCAUCACAGAAUGAUAGAGAAAAUAAUGGGAGGGAACUAAAGUUUUGGCACCAGUGCGAUGAGGUUCAGGAUUACGUCACUGUUUAUGACGGUUAUACGACAAGAGAUCCGGUAAUUCUGAGGUUUUGUGGUGGAGGCGUGUCGGUACCAGAAGCGAUCUCGAGUGGACCGGAGCUGCUAGUGGAGUUCACCACUUCACCAUUUGGGACAUUCUUGCAACCUGCUACUACUCAAUCUCUGCAUGGAUUUCAGCUAGAAGUUGAGGUGCGUUUCGUAGAUCAGCAAUCUCCAACUUACGCAAAAAACAAAAGAGCAUGUGAGUUCUGGAUUAGAGGAACUGGAAGAGGAGUAUUGGAACACCCCCAGCAUUCGUUACCUCCUAACACGACAUGCUUAUAUCAUAUGCAAGGAAUCGACACAUCAGGACCUUCUGGAAGGAACAUUAUCUACAGAAGACAGUUCUCAGCUCCACGUUUCAGAGUCUGGUUUUCGGUAUUGAAGUUCUACGUGACUAAUGCUAUUAAUCCAAAUUUGCCGGAAGAUGAAUACUGUGGAAGCCAUUUGAAUAUAUGGGAUGGCCCGAUGAGGAUAUCGCCCGGCUGCAGUGAUAUAUUUUGUGAUAAAGAAAGAUCCGUUCAAAUGUCGAGAGCUACAUCUCCGCAGUCUGUGAUAGUAGGUCGUCCACCUACAAAUGCCACUCUUGUAGCCAGAUUCUGUCGAGAACGUGCACCGAGGACAUGUGAACAUGCACUGCUUAGGAAAUCUAGAGCAUGCGCUCGAACCGAAAGCUUUUUGUCUAAAGGAGAUUCCUUAACUUUGGAAUUGAAAUUGACUCAAGGCACAGCUCUAAAACCAGUUUUCUUCAAAGCUCUAUACGAGUUUGUUGAUCUACACCAAGAUGGAGAACAAUGGGGUCGCGGACCGUGUUCGAGAAGAUUUGUCUCCAGGUCUUUUCCUGAAGCUCCACCGGAUCCACCGAUCACAUUUUCCUCUCCAAGAGAUGUUUUUCUUUACGGCAGAGGAGGAGCAAGAAAUAUCAGCUGUACAUAUCGUUUCGAAGCAAACCCGGGAGAAGUUGUACGGCUUCGCGUCUGGGGAGUACGUAAUGGAGGUCGCCUCUGCAGAUCCGUCCAUUCUGCUCACUCGCCCUGGUUUCGCUGUGGAGGCAUUCCCACUGCAGCCGUGAGAAUAUUUGAACGGCCCUGGACAGAUAGCGGACCUGGUGUGCCAAGGGACUGCCUAUGCAGCGAUGUCAGUGAUUACGAAUUCACAUCUACCUCAAUGGUUGCAGAACUCAAAUUCGAUGUAGUAAACAUGUCAGCUGUUGAUGAUUUUCGCUCUUUUGGUUUCGAAGCGUCAGUCGAGUUUGUUCGACUCGAAACUGUAUGUGAGAGCACUCACAGAGUGUACGGUGCUAGUGGAGAAUUGAGACUGGCUGCAUACGAACCAUUGUCUAAAUCUGAGCAUUGUGAUCAUCGUCCAUGGCUCAUAGAUCCUGCUCCGGGUCGAUAUCUAUAUAUGCAAAUCCAGGGUAGCUUACUAAGGGAACCAGACCUAGAUAACUUUACUCUCCAGAAUAAUAUAACAGUGGCACCUGAUUUGGGACACUUGUGCAGAACAUCGAAUCGUAUUGCAGUGUACGCUGGAGGACUAUCGCCAUUGUUUAUAUGCCCUAAACCUCCAGAAGAACAGGAAGAGGAUAUCGUUGAAGUAUUUUCAGAAGGAUGGUCAAAGGAAAUUGACUCACUUGCUCGGCACGUUUUAGCACCACCGCCUUCUCCAGACCGCUUUGACCUAGACUGGCCAAGAUCUCUAUCAGUUGAACUACUGGCCGUUGAACAUGGAACUUAUUAUAUCACGUGGCUAGAACUUUCUAGAAGGCACGCAAGUGACCGAGGCGGUGUAUUUGCAUUAUCAGGCGAAUGCCCUUAUCGCUGCGAGUCGUUGGAAGCAUGCAUCGAGCCCGCGCUGUGGUGUGACGGCAUCGCACAGUGUCCACAAGGCGAAGAUGAGCGCUUAUCACAGUGUUCAGCACUGUUGAGGGUGCCUGCGCACUAUGCAGUUGCGCUACUCGCGUUCACUAUACUCACUGCUUUUGCUGUGAUAGCAGUGGCGCGGUCAUGCCGCAGACGUCGUUCAGCACUCCAGCAGCGGCUCAAGAGCCUAUCAUCAGACACGGCCAUUUUUGAUGAGAAAGAAGUGAUUUGCUGACCAAGCGAGGACUCUGUGCGAUAUGUAGAAGUCGACCGGGUAACCACCGUUUGAUUUCUCGCACAGGGUCUACACAAAUUUAUUACAAUACUUCAAGGUCGCUAGAUGUUGACGUGUUUGAACGGUAGAUAUGCGGACAUAUUGGUCCAUGAUUGGCGAACGAACCCAUUGGUCCAUGUUUGCGUUGUUUGAAUGUUCGAUUUUAAGU